AUGAAGAAACCUCAUAAUGGGGAAAUGCCGACACGAUAUUUGUCGUCUGGCACCCAAAUACUUGCUGCCUACGACGCAUCUAACGAGCCGCAAAAGCACAAGGAUAAGGUAUCCAUCUAUCUGCCCUGUUUCUUUCAUAGUGGAGACGGCCCGGGUCCAAGAUCCUUGCGGUUGUCAAUUUACGCUGCUGUAUGGGAGAUAGUCAGGUACUCCCGUUGGAGCGAGAGACAUGGCCCAGUAGCAAUUUCGUCGACUUUUCACGAGGGCCGCUCUGGGGAUGUUUGA